CAUUUUUCGCCAAAUACUUCCGAGACGCGCGUAUUAUAUCGAAUUUCCCGCGUUUGGUAGGGGGAUGGAAAUUUCUAAUCUUUGUUCUAAUAAAAGAUGCCUAUUGUAUGGUUCCCAAUCUUUGCCAGACUAGUCUCCCAUCUUGACUUCGACUUGUAGGUCUCUCUCUCUCUCUCUCUCUCUCUCUCUCUCUCUCCGUUCAGCUUGAUAAAGCACCACCGUAAACAGAUCCUCAAUACAUUUGUUUCACAGUAACCAUGGACUCCUCCAUUUUCCUGUUCAUUCUACCUUACUUCUUUGCCUGCACUCUAGCCGCAACCAGCCCCACAAUCCGCCUCAACUCAAGCGAACCGACGUCAUGGCUAAACGACAACUCGAUCGACAUGAACGUAAACAGCACCGACGGAUCAAAAGUAAGAGCAAUUCUAUCAAGAACAAGGAGCCUCGGCUUUGUCUCUGGAUUCUACUGCACUGGCAACUGCACCUCUUACUACUUCGGCAUUACCGUAGUUGGCGGAGGCAAUCCCGCCAUGGUUUGGUCAGCAAACCCGAACAACCCGGUGAGCGAGAACGCAAACCUGACACUGACUCGAGAGGGGGAUUUAGUGCUCCGGAAUCCGGAUGGAUCGACUGUGUGGUCGACCGGAACGGCAGGGAUCUCUGUGGCGGGAAUGAACUUAACCGAAUUGGGAAACUUGGUUUUGUUUAAUGAGACGGGAGCUGUUGUUUGGCAGUCUUUUGAUCUCCCAACCGAUACAUUGUUGGCCGGACAACGGUUGUACGAGGAUCAAAGGCUUGUGUCGGGCUUGAGUUUGUACUAUGCCACUUUAACAACCUCUGGACUAGCUGCUUAUACCCUGGUGGGAAAUGGAUCACAGAUGUACUACCAAUUGGAACCACAGCCGGAUACCACGGAUCAAAGUUCACAGCGAGGCCGAUGUCGGCUUAUCACAAAAACCGAAGUCAAUACCUCGGAUUACACAGAGCUCCGAACCGGAGGAUUCCUCGUGAACAUGGGGACAUCCCAAGAACCGCUCGGAUCAAACCGCUCAAAACUGCCGUUGGAUUCGUUUGUUGAGUACGUACGACUCCAUAACGAUGGGAGAUUGAAGUUAUACAGGCACGAACCAGCAACCGGGCCAAAUGAGAUCGUCGAUAUCGUUACCAAAGACCUCGGAGUCUGUCAACAUCCUCGCCAAUGUGGGGAUUUCGGCGUCUGCAAUGAAGGGAAAUGUGGUUGUCCGGAAGGAGUUGACGGGUUUCAAUGGAUUAAUGAAAGAUGCUCCAGGACUACCCAAUUGUGCCAAGCUCCCUCUGAUAAAGCAGACCUGGUCGAAAUGAAAAAUGUCAGUUACUUCAAUUUCAUUGAUCCAACUGCAGCAGCUUCAAACAUCACAGAUAGAGAGAGCUGUAAAGAAGCUUGUCGCAAUGAUUGUACAUGUGGAGCUGCAUUCUACAGGUCUGAUGAUACUAACAUUGAUUCAAAUGGGUUAUGUUAUAUGCCAUCAGAGGUCUUGUCCAUAAGACAAGGAGAAAUUCCAAACUCCAAUUUCACAUCAACAGCAUAUAUUAAAGUGGAGAUACCAGCUGGUGCACCAGAUGGGGGUAGACCACUGGAACCGAGAAACCGAAAGCCAAACUCAAACCGAAACAGACUAAUAGCAAUAAUAGCAGGCUCCGGUUCUGCUGUCCUAGGGAUUUUCUGUCUUUUGAUUCUGAUAUUCUGGAAGAAAUUUAGCAAGACGAUCACAGAGGAUGUGGAGGAGUAUAUACGACAAGUUCCGGGAAUGCCCGUUAUGUUUACGCAGGAGGAACUUCGUGUGGCAACAAGGGAUUUCAAGGAGAGGCUUGGUGGUGGUGGGUUUGGCUCGGUGUUCAAAGGAGUGUUACCGGAUGGCACCGAGAUCGCAGUGAAGCGGUUAUACAAAAUGGGCCACGCAGUUAGAGAAUUCAUAGCAGAAGUUGAAACAAUUGGCAGCAUCCACCAUUUUAAUCUGGUGAGAUUGGUUGGGUUUUCUGCAGAUAAAUCUUGUCUUCUCGUAUAUGAGUACUUGAGUAAUGGGUCUUUAGACCAAUGGAUCUUCCAUAGGGGGCAAAACCCUUGUCUCGAUUGGGAAACCCGUAAGAAGAUUACUCUCCAGAUAGCCAAAGGGUUGGCCUAUUUGCAUGAAGAAUGCAGACAGAGAAUCAUUCACCUUGACAUAAAGCCACAAAAUAUUCUCUUGGAUGCAAAUUUCAACGCCAAAAUCUCGGAUUUCGGGUUAUCUAAGCUAGUAGACAGGGAUGACAGCCAGGUCCUGAUCACAUUGAGAGGAACACCUGGGUAUAUUGCUCCAGAAUGCGGCCAUUCAAAUAUCACAAUAAAAGUCGACAUCUACAGUUUUGGGAUUGUUCUCCUUGAAAUAGUUACUGGGAGAAGAAAUUUAGAUGGACCCCGAUCCGAAUCGAGCAAACACCUACUCAGUUUGAUGCAGAAGAAGGCAAGGGAAGAUCAAUUACUUGACAUUGUGGAGAAUUUGAACGAGGAGAUGCCUGAAAAUCGAGAAGAAAUGUUGAGAAUGAUAAGAAUUGCAGCUUGGUGUUUACAAAAUGAUCCCACAAAAAGGCCUCUCAUGUCGACCGUGGUGAAGGUUUUGGAAGGAGUGAUGGAAGUUGAUCCAAGUAUCAGCUACAACUUCACCCAUGCAAUGGGAUCUGCUUCUGUUGCCAAUGGCCAUGUUUCUGACAACUUCACGCAUGCAAUGGGAUCUGCUUUUUUUGCCAAUGGCCAUGCUUCUGCAACCCAACAAGCAUCAGUUCUGUCUAAUCCUAGAUGAAAAGCAGCAAUUCAGGUAAAAGACAAGUAUAGUUCAUGUACUUAGUGCUGAAUAACUUGUAAACAGAAUUCAUGAUUCGUUUUUGUGAUUAGGUCUUUGUAUUGUUGGUUUGUUGUUUGUUCGGAAGAAACGGCCGUUUUUGUUUCGCUAACUUUUUCCGACUACUGUUUCGGGAAGUUCUAUUUGAAUAAACAAUUGUCAUGGUACGCCAAAGAGUGUUUUUUCUGAA